GUGUUGGGGCCCAUUAAUGGCCUUGGAGGUUCUGGCAUCCAGUCCUGUGCCCUCUUUUCCUUCUUUCACCUCUUUCUUUUACCCAUCUCAUGCAGUCUUCAGACCAGAAGUUACCUUCAGAGUGCUUAUCUGAGACCCCCAGCGCUGAUGGAGCUGGAGCUCAGGAAAUGGCUGCCUGUUUCCUCCCCCGGACAAAAUCGUAUACCCCUUUCCCAAGCAUUCCCAGAGUGUGGUGUGUUGGAGGGCUGUGUGUGUGUGUUGUGGGAUGAAAAAAAUGCAGAACGUGAGAGUUGUGAGUUAAGUUUUAUUUGGGGCAAAAUGAAAACUAUAAGCUUGGGAGACAGCCUCUCAGCACUGAGGAACUGCUCUGAAGAGGUAAGUGGGGGAAGUCAGUAUAUAUGUGGGUUUGGUGAAGGGGCAUACAGGCAAUCAAGCACACAUUUUGGCAGAAGGUUGCUGCUAGUCACAAGGAGCAGAUGUCCAUUAAUGAUUUUAGUGCUUUUCUAGUUAUGAGAAGAUGCAAGAAAUUGGGCUCAUAAAAUCUUCUCCUGAAAAUAUCUGACUAUCUAAAGGCCUUUUCUGCCAGUUUUUCCCAGAGCACAGAGGGCCUCAUUCCUGAUCUCUGCCCAGAACUCCUUUCAGCGUGUAUUGAAGGUCAGCGAUUGCACUGGCUAGUGAUUUCAUCCUUGUAGAGGCAGAUGGCAAGUGACAAUUUUUAGUUGGUAGUGUGAGAAAUCCCAGGACAUGGCCCCAGAAGCCGACCUGAGGGGGUGAUGGGGUUCCUCAGGGGCAGCAGGAAAUGGGAGUUGCAGGGGACAGGGCUGCCCCCAGAGGUAGUGAGCUGUCUGUGUCUCCCUGAAGGUGGGCCCAGCAGAGGUGGAGCAGGCUAGUGAGCACUGAUGGGAUGAAGAGAGAAAGACACUGGCUAUCAAAUCUGUUACUCUUUGCAAGAGGAUCUGAGCCUUGGCCUGGGAGGCUGCAGGGGAGAGUGGCUAGUGCAGGCCCUAGCCCUGCUUGCUGAGCCAGCUCCACAGACCAUGAGGCUGUUGCUGCUGCUGCUGCUGCUGGGGGCCUGGACCAUCCCAGGGGGCCUUGGGGACAGGGCCCCGCUCACAGCCACCGCCCCCGAGCUGGACGAUGAAGAGAAGUUCUCAGCUCACAUGCCUGCUCACCUUCGCUGUGACGCCUGCAGGGCGGUGGCCUACCAGAUGUGGCAGCACCUGACAAAGGCAGAGACCAAGCUUCACACCCUGGACUCCGGGGGCCGUGGCAAGCUGAGCGAGUCGGUAUACACAGACGUCCUGGACCGGAGCUGCUCCCAGACCUGGCAGGGCUACGGAGUUGGAGAAGUGGACCAGGUGAAACGUCUCAUGGGCCCAGGACUUAACAAGGGGCCGGAGCCAAGCAUCAGUGUGAUCAUCAUGGGGGCGCCGUGGCCCACCAGGCUCUCCAAGACAUGCUUUCACUACCUGGGGGAGUUUGGAGAAGACCAGAUCUAUGAAUCCCACCAACAAGGUCAAGGGGCCCUGGAGGCAUUGCUGUGUGGAGGCCCCCGGGGGGCCUGCUCAGAGGAGGCACCAGUCACAAGGGCAGAGCUCUAGUCCAACUCCUCCUUCCCCUUCCUGGUCAGCCCCUAAAGGGAGCUGGGCUUCCUCUGGAUCUGUCCCCUCCUUUCAGCAGGCUGCCUGGAGGGCGGGGCGGCCUUGUUCUUCUGUGCUGCCACUCUCCCUCCCUCCUCCAGCUUCUGGGCCCUGGGGCCUGGGGGGCGGCCAAGACCUUCCCCUCUGGACUCAAAUAAAACCAGUGACCUCGAAUCCUUCUCUCUGCAAAAGGUGCUUGGGGGGCUGGGAGGAUAGACAUUGGUGUUUCUGCUGAUGUCCCUCCUAGAGAGGGCCAGAUACACGUCCCCACAAUUUCCCAGAGGUAAGUGAGAUCUGUCAUGGCUGGAAAUGUGAGUGAGCUGUCAAAGGCAUAUGGAACCAGCUAUCUGAACGGUUGAAACCCCAGAUCCCUCAUGAGAGAAAAGAAAAAGCCAAGGAAAACUCCAUAAGCAGGCUGCCUGUGGACAUACCCACUGCAACCACUGCGUGCUACUGUGCCCCUCCCAGAACACUAGUCUUCCUGGGUCUACACCCAGCAGCUGCUCACUUUCUAGACUCUGCUUCUGAACCCAGCUAGCAUGGUUGAGCCCUCGGUGCUCAACUGGGACAGGGCAGGGCAGGGCAGGGGUCCAGGAACAGGCUGGAUUCAGUAUCUUGGCUCUACGUCCUGCUCUCCCCAGAAAUUCUCACCUGGGGCCCUUUUCUUAGAAACGGAGAAAAGAGCUCCACCUGGUUCGCACCUGAGUCUGGGUAUCUGGGGUCAGUGGUGCUACAGCUUACAGUUUCAUUUGUGUCUCUGAUCCUCCGAAGCCCUGGAAAGUGGACAGAACAGACACUCUAAUACCCUGUUGACAGGUGCAGAAACUGGGGC